AUGUGGACACAUCACAAGCACGCGAUAAGGCCCUUGAACAUCAUAUAUUUGGAUUGUCCCCAGGAGGAUUGUCCGCAGGAGGAUUGUUCGAAGAACGAUUGUACCCAGGAAGAUUGUUCGAAUAAGGAUUGUCCGCAGGAAGAUUGUUCAAAGGAGAAUUGUCCACAGGAAGUUUGCUCGGGAGAAGGUUGUUCGAAGGAUUGUUCGGAGGAGGAUUGUCCGCAAGAAGAUUGUUCGGGAGAAGAUUGUACGAAGGAGAAUUGUCCGCAGGAAGAUUGUUCGGAGAGGAUUGUUCGAAGGAGGAUUAUCAGCAGGAUUGUCCGCUAUCGACGAGUCGAGGAGAAAGAUUAUCCGGAGAAAGAGGAUUGUCCGCGGGAGGAUUGUUCGAAAGAGGAUUGUUCGAAGAUGGAUUGUCCGCAGGAAGAUUGUCGGCAGGAAGAUUGUUUGGAGGAGGAUUGUCCGCAGGAGGAUUGUUCGAAGGAGGAUUGUCCGCAGGAAGAUUGUUCAGAAGAAGAUUGUCCGCAGGAAGAUAGUUCGGAAGAGGAUUGUCCGUAG